AUGGAUAGUUUGAAAAGAGAAAAUGUUCAAAAGAUUGGGAUUUGGGGUAUGGGAGGAGUUGGGAAAACGACUCUGGUCACUACUUUGAACAAUAAACUUCAUGAAGAGUUUGGCAAACAACCAUUUGGUAUGGUGAUUUGGGCAACUGUAUCUGCAGAGUUGUCUUCUGGAUCUGUAAAUCCUUCAGAAGAUGACGCUCCUAAAACAAAGUUGAAACCCUUUUUCUGGGAUAAAGUGCAAGCUAACCCUGACCAUUCAAUGGUUUGGAAUGAGAUAAGAACAGGAUCCUUCCAGUUCAAUGAAGAGAUGAUAGAGUCGCUAUUUGGAUAUGCGACUGCAGACAAGAACAAAGGUGAAAGGAAAGAUUUGUCUUCGCAAUCUGCCUUACCACAAUUUGUUCAGAUUCUUGAUCCAAAGAAAGCACAGAAUCUGUCUAUCCUUCUGCGUGCUCUGAAUACAACAAGUGAAGAGGUCCGCGACGCACUUCAUGAAGGCAAUGAGCUCCCGGUAGAAUUUCUUCAGGCUCUAUUGAAGAUGGCACCAACAGCUGACGAAGAACUAAAGCUAAGACUAUACUGUGGAGAAAUAGCACAUUUAGGACCAGCUGAACGUUUCCUAAAAGCAUUGAUUGAUAUCCCUUUUGCUUUCAAGCGACUAGAGGCUCUGCUUUUUAUGUGUACUCUCGAUGAAGAAAUGACCUUUGUUACUGAAUCAUUUGCCACCUUAGAGGUUGCUUGUAAAGAACUUAGAAGCAGCCGGCUUUUCUUGAAGCUCCUUGAAGCAGUUCUCAAGACGGGCAAUCGCAUGAAUGAUGGUACAUUCAGGGGUGGUGCUCAGGCUUUCAAGCUGGACACACUGUUGAAGUUGUCAGACGUAAAGGGAACUGAUGGGAAAACAACCCUCCUCCAUUUCGUGGUUCAAGAGAUAAUCCGGUCUGAAGGUGUUAGAGCUGCUCGUACCACCAGGGAGAGCAAAAGCUUCUCUAGUGUGAAAACUGAAGAUAUUAUGGCCGAGGAAACUAAUGAAGACACGGAGGAAAAUUACCGCAGCCUUGGUCUUCAGAAAGUUUCGAGUUUGAGCAGUGAACUUGAAAACGUAAAAAAGGCUACAGGCAUCGAUGCAGAUGGCUUAACGGGGACUGUUCACAAAAUGGGUCAUGCUUUGUCGAAAGCCAGAGACUUUCUCAACUCGGAGAUGAACAGUGCAGGUGAAGAAAGUGGGUUUCACGAAGCACUGAAAGAUUGUCCAAAAUGCUGAGGCAGAGACAUCAAGAAGGUGGUAGAAGAAGAGAGAAGAAUAAGCUGGUGAAACGAGGGCUUGCAUUUGUUUAUAAUUGUUCGUGAUUUCCUGAUAAUGUUAGAUAAGGUUGGUACUCAUGCAUUCUUAAAUUUUGUUUAUUGGGUUUGAUCCUUAUACAUUCUUCUUUUCUGUAUAUAGUUGUAACUUAAAAUUACUUUAAUUCGAAU